AACCGUCGCAGGGUGGGCGGAGCCUGGGCGGGAACGCAGAGCGGGAGCUCACGGCGGGAGACUGAGGCCCGAAUGGCGCCGGCUCAGCAGUCUCGGGUUCUACGGUGCUGCAGCUGCCACAUCUUUCAGGCGCAUCAGGUGAAGAAGAGUCUCAAAUGGACAUGCAAGGCUUGUGGAGAGAAGCAGUCUUUUGUGCGGGCUUACGGUGAAGGCUCUGGUGCUGACUGUAGACGCCAUGUCCAAAAGCUCAAUCUGCUGCAGGGACAAGUGUCAGAGCUGUCACUCAGGUCUAUGGAGAAAGCUGUAAAUGCCAGUGAAGAGGAAAAUGCAGGCCUUCAGCAGGCUAAGGAUGGAAGUCAGCAGGCAGUGUCUGAGUGCCUCCAGUCCCGUUGGCUAAAGUAUCUGGACAAGAGCUGUGAGGACCAGGAGCUGGACAGAGGGAGACCAGCUCUUAAGACACCGCUUUCAGCCAGUGCUAAGCGACCAAGUCAACCCUGCAGUCCAGCUCAACCCAGAAAGAGGAAAUGGAAUCCGAGCCCAGAGCAGCCUGCACACAGCCUGCAUGUUCAGGGUGUGGACAGUGUUGAAGACAACUCUGAACACCAGGACUCCACUGACUUGUUUGGGACAGAGCAAGGCAACAGCCCUGCCCUGAGUACUUCAAACCACAGCAAGGAGCUCUGUUUUCCUAGGUGGAAACUACCAAGUCCUGUCAUGCAAGUUAAUGCCCCAUCUUCUAAAUGGGCACGGUUUCUCCUGUCACCUGGGAACAGUCCACAUGUGGAUGAGAAGCCAUCUAGUCCUCUGCAGAAGGGCACCAGGCUAGCUGACCUAGCACAAGUUGAGCAAUGGACUCUUGGGACCAAGACUCCAAGAGAAGGCCACUUCAGCGGGGCCAUUAGGCCGCCUCAAACCACUCACACCACCACCCCACACCUAGACAGGUCUGGCAGGAAGACCCCAGAGCAGCCAAGGGCCGCGGAGACUCCUCAAGCAGAUGGUAGUAGGCCUUUGGCCCAAGGGACCCAGAGGGCUCCACCGUUGCAACUGUACCACCUCUUUACAACUGGGGAGGACUUUGAUGAUGACCUGUAGCCUUCACUUUGAUCCAUGUUUUAUGAUCCCUCAAUGCUAGUCCUCCAUGUCAUGCUUUGGAACAAAUAACCCAACAAUAAACAUGCUUGUCAAA